AUGUAUCCUAACCCUGCUAAAGAUAAAGUCAGGUUUUAUGGAGCAGUUUUGAUCGCGCUAUCCUGUGUGCCCCAAUUUGGUUUUAUGUUGUACGACAUAAGCAUUCGCAUUGAUACCGGUGAUAUGGAAAACCUCGUCAGACAAAUGGUCAUUACCAUCGUUUUAUUGUUUGUUUUAAUUAAGAUGUUUCUAACCAUAUUCCGAAAGAAAGAAUUACGAGCGAUUUACAAUAUCAUCGAGGCUGACUACGAAAGCUUCAACAAUCUGCCAGAAGAAGAAUUAUCCAUUGCCACUGAAGCUAUAGAAAAGACUCAAAAGCUGGAGAAAGCGUGGAUUCUCAUCAUCGGUUCUGCUGCAGCGUCUUUCCCACUGCUAGCCUGUGUUCUAACAGUCCACUCAUCUUUCACGGAGAAGCCCAGAAAGUACAUGAUUCAUGAGACCAUUAUGCCCUUUAUCGAUGACACGAAAUAUUCGUCUCCGUUCUUUGAAAUCCAAGCAGUAUACAGCUUGUAUAUAGUUUGGCUGGUCUUCGUUGGAUACACGGGUUUCGACGGUAUGUUCUCUGUAUGCAUACUCCAUAUAUCGUUGAAAAUAAAGCUAUUUUCACACAAGCUUUUGCAUUUAAUGGACGACACAGAUGUACCAGCUAUAAAACAAAGAAUUGCUUCCAUCGUGAGAGAUCAGUGCGAUGUUCAUAGUUUUAUCAAACAAAUUCAGACGAGCUUUGAAAUAUGGCUGGCUGGGAUAUUUCUCAUAUCCGUGGUACAAAUUGGUAUGGCUCUAAGCCAGACCGCUACAAAAGGCGAAAGUGAAGUGAAUAUCAUCUACUAUGUGUUUGCUGUGACCACGGCUGUGCACAUCUACCUGCCUUGCUAUCUCACUUCUGAUGUUACUUUUAACAUGGCUGAAGUACCGAACUGUAUAUACGCUUGCAACUGGGAGUCAACCUCUGACACCGGCGUGCGCCGCUCCGUCGCCAUCAUGCUUGCGCGCGCGCAGGUGCCCACGCACUUCAAGGCGUACGACAUGCUCACGUAUAACAUGAAGAUGUUUGUUUCGAUAAUGCAGACAGCAUAUUCGAUGUACACGCUCUUGAGAUCGUAAAAAUGUAAUUUUGUCAACAUAUUUUGGGUAA